AUGUUUCUUAUACAAAUCAGAGUAUCAGGUAUAAAGUAAUUAAAGCUGUAUCUUAAAUUCUGUCUAUCAUAAUGUUUCGGCCAGAGUGACUGGAUUUUAAUAGUACUUCUUGCCUCCAAGCCGGGGUGAGGGCAGGUUUCACUACUCGCUGGGGUUGCUUCAAGGCGACUGGAACGAGAGGCGGUGUCAAAUGGAGAGAAUAUCGUCGAAGACUUCUUCACCUUGCUGAACGUUGGUUUACGGCCUCGGCGCUUUAGGAAGGAAUGCAGCCUGAUGAGCUGGCGUGGGCAUUAGCAGAAGCUGACUUACUGACUGCUCACACCUCAUCUAUGUAAGUGUAGGUGGAGACAGAGUGUACUGGCCUCUGAAAUGGCCCAAAGCAGUUCCUUCCAGCAGCUGAAGGCAGUGAGAGCACGGUCACAGAUCAGGACGGCCAGAAGAGUUGCUUUGGGAGCUUUGUUGAACGGAGUACACCGGCUUGUAACUUACUCUGGGAGACAGCUCUGUCCACCUCGCCCCAAUAGCCACCCCUACUGCUGUCACUUUGCUGUUUGCUCCGGGAUUCUGCUUUCAACACAGCUACCAGGAGGGUCAGCAUACACCGCGAGAUGAAAUCUCUAAAUCUCUCCGUUCAUUCUGCAUCUGAAAAGUCGCCCAGCCUUUAGUUGGAGUCUAGCCGCGCCCUUGCCAAAACUCCAAAUUGCUAAGUGUCCUCUGUUGCUGAUCCGCUACUUGCCAGCUCGACAACAAGAAAGUGAGCAUUGGUCUAAAAGGUAUUUGAGUGAUCAGGGUCCCCAGGAAACUGGCAACUUUGGAUCCAUCUGCAUACGUUCUAUGUCCGCAGCGUACUGUUCCCUAGGACCCGCUCUGAGCCGGCAGCCAGCAGUAAGUGACUGUGCCACAUGUUGUUUCUCGAACAGCCCACAGCCUAGUACCGAGUGCCUGUUUCGAGUAACUCUCGGAGACCUCUGCUUGUACUCUCUGUUCGGGAAAAGAAGUGGGAAAGGCAAGGCGACGGGGUAGUGAUGAUGGCUACAACGCUCCCUAAAUGAGCGGGGCAGUGCUGCAGCGUGGGUCCCGGAUUGGGUCAGAUUGUCCUUGCAGCCAGUUCCAGGCCAUGGCCAGCGGGAACAGUUCCCUAUGGGAGGCGCUGCUGCUGCUGCCUGGCCAGGCCACCUGUCCCAGCUGGAGGCACAGCAUGGAGGGCUCGGUCUACCAGCUCGCCAACAUCUUCUUCACCCUGGGCUACAUGGGCGGCAGUGGCCUGGUCGGCCUCCUGUACAUCCACCUGUUCCUGGCCUCCGGCUUCCUCUGCACCUCGGUCUGGGCGUGGACCGACGCCUGCGCCGCCGAUAUCUUCUCAUGGAAUUUCGCGCUGCUGGCGGUCUCCGCCGUCCAGCUGAGCCACAUCGCCUACCAGCUCCGCAGCGUCUCCUUCCAGCACGACUUGCAGAACCUGUACGGAGCCCUCUUCCAGCCGCUGGGAAUCCCCCUGAACGUCUACAAGAAGAUCGCCACUUGUUGCACCGUGCUGUCCCUGGAAAAGGAUCACUGUUAUGCCAUGGAGGGCAAAACCCCCAUUGAGAGGCUCUCGCUGCUCCUGUCUGGCAGGAUUCGGGUGACGGUGGAUGGGGAGUUUCUACAUUACAUUUAUCCCUAUCAAUUUUUGGAUUCUCCAGAAUGGGAUUCACUCAGACCGUCAGAGGAGGGGAUCUUCCAGGUGACUCUAACAGCCGAGACCAGCUGUCGCUUUGCUGCCUGGAGGAGAAAGAAGCUGUACUUGUUGUUCGCUCAGCACCGCCGCAUUUCCAGGCUCUUCUCGGUUUUGAUUGGGAAGGACAUUGCCGACAAACUGUACUCCCUGAACGACAAAGUUUAUCUGAGCAACGGGCUGCGUUAUGACCUGCGGCUGCCGAGUUUCUACCACCUGGCCUGGUUAGCACUGCAGCCUCACAGCGGCCUGGGUACAAUUCCACCCUCACGCAACUCGAUAAUGAUGCCGCUGAAUACCGAGAGCUGUGACAAUUGGAAAGAAAUCCACCAUUUGGUCUUUCACGUCGCUAAUCUCUGCUUCGCCAUCGGGCUGCUUAUUCCCACCACCAUUAAGAUCCACAUGGUGCUCCUCCGUGCUAUGAUGAGUACGGGCUGUGCACUGUUCAUUGUGUGGGCUGUGCUUUACCGAUGUGCUUUAGACAUAAUGAUCUGGAACUCUCUAUUUCUUAUUCUCAACAUGUUGCAUUUCCUUUAUCUGUUGUACAAAAGAAGGCCUAUUAAGAUUGAUAAAGAGCUCAAUGUGCUUUACAGGAGAAUGUUUGAGCCACUUCAUGUCCCUCCAGAUUUGUUCCGAAGACUGACUGGACAGUUUUGCAACAUUAUGACACUCAAAAAGGGUCAGACCUACGCGGCGGAAGAUAAAACAUCGGUUGAUAAUCGACUUAGUGUCCUGCUAAAGGGAAAGAUGAAAGUUUCUUAUCGCGGGCACUUUCUGCACAACAUUUACCCCACUUCUUUCAUCGACUCUCCUGAAUUCCGAUCGACUCAGAUGCAUAAAGGAGAAAAAUUUCAGGUAACUAUUGUGGCUGAAGAGAACUGCAAGUUUUUGUGCUGGUCCAGAGAGAGGCUAACUUUCUUCUUGGAGACAGAGUCAUUUCUUCAUGAAGUCUUUAAGUAUCUAAUUGGCAAAGAUAUCACAAACAAGCUGUAUUCUUUGAAUGACCCCACACUAAAUGACAAAACUGCCAAAAAACUUGAGCGACAGCCGAGCCUUUGCUCCCAACUUUCAAUGAUGAAAAUGAGAAAUAGUAUGGCCAGUACAAGUGAUACAGAAGAUGGACUAUCACACUUUCUACAUGGGGGAUCUACUGCUUCAUCAAUCCAAAGGUCUCCAUAUACUAGGACUUCAGGAAAAAUGAAACCCAUUGAGGAGACUAUUGAGGAUGAUGUCUUUGAACCAUCUUCACCAGUUGCCCAGCUGGCUCCCAACUGAUACUGAACGAAACAACAUGGAAUGUUGCUAGCAGAGAAGAGCUUUUGUCUGCUAGAAAGUACAAGAUGUAACAAAUAAGUCCUGUUACCUUUAACCAUUGAAUCACUAAUGCACAGCCAGCUACGGGAACUGUGUGAUAUAUUCAAAGAUCCAGAUAUUGACAUGUAUUAAUUUUGUUUUUUCACAUUAUCACACUUCUGUUUCUUUCCACUGCGCCAGAACAUAAUAUGGCUUGAGACUUUUGAUGGGCAAUAUAAGCAUGCCAAUACAUCAAAUAUUUUACUGAAGCACCAUUUGAUAUUCUUUUUCAUUCACAGUUUUCUUCAAAGUGUGUGAUGUUAUGAAGAGUAAAGCCUGAUUAGUUCCACCAAACUUGUAUUGCAAUAAAAAGGUUAAUGAUUGGAAUUGGUGGAUGAGUGUCAAUGGAGAAAGUGUUGUUUGAUAUUUAAAAACUCUUCUGAGUUAUUUUUAAGAUUUAUUUGAUGUUCUUUAAGAUUUACUCUUACAGAAGUUAAUAGUUACUUGUCAGAAUUCAGUUUUUUUUUCAACCAUAUGAGCCACAAAACAGCUUGUCUUGUAAGGAGCUGUCUAUUAUAGUUAUCUCCCUGAUGCACCUGACCAGGAUGCAAUGAUGCUGAACAGUGAUCCCUUCAAUAAGGACAAUGACAAGCUAGUGUCCAAUCAGCACUCCUUCUCUCCUUUAUGACUUAGAAGGGUUUGUAAUAAAUUCCUCUCAUUCUUAGUUGUGAUCAGUAAAAAGAAAAAUAUACAUCCAUGGCUAAUUUUUCAUGAAUGCAGCAUUCUUGGAGAUGGUGGUAAGAGCUGUACUGCAGCUUUUCUGGUGUACUAGGGGCAAGUGUAGUAACAUAGAUUGGGGGCAUGGUUGCACAUAAAUUGGUUGACAACGAUUUAACAUCUUUCAAAACCUCAGUGCUCCCAGGAAUUGGGAACGGAGUAUAAGCCAUAACGGAUCUAGAUAGAAUUAUGUAUGAAGAUUUGAUAAGAAAUAGUUGAUACUUUGUGGCUUUCAGUUUUGGCUUCUUUCCUAAUCUCUUGUGUUACACUGUUGGAAGCUGUGCUCUCAACUACCAAAUCUUUGGAGUCCUUCACUAAAAUUCUCUAUUUCUUUCUGGUUCUCAGAGGGGUAUGGCUCAGAAUACUUGCAGAUGAAGGGAUAAAACUUGUUAAAUGUUGAUAGCUAUUUCAAGCAAGUUUUUGAACACUGCUAAGUGUUAAGAAGUUGGUAAGUCCAUUUGCAUGCUGAAGAGAGAUAACUAAGAGUUUCAUCUUAUGACUACAGAUCCAUUAACUUGAUCAUAAAACUAAUGUAAUAACUAACUAAAAACAAAAAGAAAGGGCACUACAACAAAUGUAGCCUAAUAAAGUAAGGACAACAUGGCUUGAGAAGAGGUAAACAUUUUAGACUUUGAUUCCAUAUUGGUCCUUUAUAGUUUAAACUCCCUUCCCAAUCACACUUCUCAUUCCCCUCAUGGAAGAAGGCUGUUUUGUUAUCUUUUUUACAUGUUCAACUACAUUGCUCCACAGUUUUCUUGUGGCAAAUGUAACAGAUAAGUUGUAAGAUUAGCCAUAUUUUCCUUUACCAAAUGGUUUCCAGAAAGUACUACAUGAAAACCUGAUACCUUAACUAUGAUUUAUGGAUGUGGAUUAGUAACAGACUAAAGGGAAGAAAACAAAGCUUACAUAAAGGGAACUGCAAUGAAUGGAGAAGUACUUGUUGCAACCUUGGUUCCUUCUUGUUCGGACAUGGGAUUAAAGCUGCAUUAUAAGGUAGUGAAAUGUCCAGAUGACACCAAGUGACAUUUGAGGGAGUAUCUAGGAUGUUGCAGACAGCUUGAGGAUUUUCAUGUAGGCAGAUGAGGGCAAGAUGAAACUCCCUGUAGACAAAUACAAAGGACACUGUAACAUUAAGUACUGGAAAAUAAAAAUAGAAGAUACAUGUACAUUACACUUUGCCAUCAAUCAGUUGACCAGGUGAUUGGUACAGAGCUUGAGUAAAACAAUGUAUACUUCAUUCCAUAUGGCUACCAAUGACCUGACACAGUUUUCUUAUGUUGCAUAUGCAUCAUAUGAUUGUAAUAUUCUCAUUUAGCUGCUCAAUGUUUUUCCCUCUCUACAUAUGACAAUUCCAUUUUGUGGGUGGUUAGUGGCCACAGCAUUCGAGCAAAACUGUUAACACCUUAUGCACUCCUGUGUCUGAACCUAAUAUCAUCUUGUUUCAGCUGCUCUUUUCUAUCAAAAAAUAUAUAUUUCAUAUAAUUGUCCCAGCCUUUUACAGGUCCUAGAUGCUGUAUGAUUGUAUUCCAUCAUACCUAUGAAUUAUGUCCAAAGAUGUGCAGGUUAGGUGGACUGGCCAUACUAAAUUGCCCGUAGUGUUCAGGGGGGUGUGUGGGUUAUAGGGGAAUGGGUCUGGGUGGGAUGCUUCAAGGGCUGGUGUGGACUUGUUGGGCUGAAGGGCCUGUUUCCACACUGUAGGGAAUCUAAAACCUAUGAAUUAUGAUUUUCUUUUUAGUGACUCCUUCCAUAAAAACAGUUACCUUCCCCAUCUUGACAGUUACCAGCAUCCACUUUGUGAACUCUUCCACCUUGCCAAUGUUUUCCAACUGUCAGAUCAGCUCCAUUGGAUAUGCUGCAACAUCUGCAUUCAUAUAUGUCCAGCAUCCGAUCUCUGCUGAUAUAACUAAUAGUAGUAAUGAGAACAAAGUUACUGGAAGAGUUCAGCAGGUCUAGCAGCACCUGUGAAGGAAAAAACAGAUUUAACAUUUCGGGUCUAGUGACCCUUCCUCAGAACUAAUAGUAGUACUUCAUUUGCCAAACUCACUUUAAACUUUCUCAUUCUGUCCUAUUGUUUUUUACACACACAACUCAAUAUUUAGAUUACCAAUUCAAAAUCAUCUAGUAUUCAAAAGGCCUUUCAUUAAAUUUCAGGCACGUGGCCAACUGAGCUGUAAUUAUUAGCUGCAGAUGACCACAUGUUAACAAUCUUUAAACUAUCCUAUUAAUUUCUCAGAUGACUUCAUGUUCCAGUCAGCUUGCUUUUAUGUGGAAAAAAAUUGAUGUGGGUUUUGAACAGAAGGUCUGCUGACACCUCAUAAUAAGACCUUUUCUCAUCCAUAAUCAGCAAUAAUUGUUCAAAAAUUAAGGGGGAAGGUGAAAAAGCUGGAAAUUAGUAAAAUGGAUUAAUGUUUUAUUAACUGGUAUUAAUGUGAGGUGUUGUCUAGGAUUGCACUUGUAGUACAUUGAUAUUUGGUGAGAGACCUUUAAUUCUGUCUGAUUGUGGUGACCUUGAAUUAAGCUUUUUGACUGUAAGUAUUCUAUACUGAUAUUUGUAAUUCAUUGCCAUAUUCAUUAAUUCAACCCAUUUAUAUUAAUGGAUGAAAUAUCUUGAGGUUAAUAUUUGCAUACAUUGCCCUUGUUAUAUUUAAAAUAAGGAAAAACAUUGAAAUUUUACAACACUGUAAAAUUCAGACUUCACAAUAAACACUAUAGCAUUGA